GACUGGGCGGUGCGCGAGGGGCGCGGCUGGGCACCGGCACCGGCACCAGCAUCGGCAUCCCCUCCCUGCCCGGAGCUUCCUUCCCUCUCCCCGCGGGCAGGUGCUGUGACAAUGGAGUUGAGCUGCACUGAAGUACCUCUUUAUGGACAGGUGACUAUAAAUGCAAAAUUUGAGAAAGGCAUUUACCUCCCAGAAGAUGCCGAAUUUUACUUUGUUUAUGACGGAUCCAUGAAGAGGCACAUAAUGUUUGCUGAGCGGAUAAGUGACAAUGCUCUUCGGUCCCUAGUUCCAGGCCAUGGAUGCCAGGAAGAAGUUUCUGUUUCCGUGUUAAUGUACACAAGGGGAUACUCACCUGUAGUCCUCGGCAGCUGUCCUGUCACCUACAGAGAGAACCUGUCUUGCAAACUGUCUCGUUUUCUGGUCAAUCACACAGAAUGCGUCAGUGCCACUAGUCACAAGGUUUUACUGGAUAAGUUUGGGCUAACAAUAAAAGAUCUGCAGUCACUGGAUAAUGAUUUGACAAUGGCCAUUGCUCAUGAAGAAUUGCCGUCAACGUGGAGCAUCCUUGGAAGCUACUGGAAAGGUGAGCCUACACAGAAAGAAACUCUUCUCCAUCUUGUGAUGAAAUUAGGCUUGGUUAAACUCUCCCAGUUCUUAGCAGCCCAGCCUGGAGGGUCAUUGGCAUUAGCAUUACCUAAUGAGGAUGGAGCAACACCAUUAGAUUUGGCUUUACAAAACGGGCACUCCAAACUUGUUGAGGUCUUCACAAAUUCUCAGGGCAGCUGCUCGCCUGACAUUUCCACAGCGGAGAUCGGCGAGGGUGCCUGCGUGCGCUUUGUUCGCUCGGCGGCGGCCCUGACGCUGACUUUUGACCACACGGCAGAACAUUUGCUGGAGUCGGACGUCAGGCUCUUCAGAAGGUACUUCUGGAACAGGCCACUGCUCUACAAGAGUAUUAAUUCAAACCAAGUUGAGACAGUGGAAGGUCCAAAAAUGCCCUGCAGUACGACAAGCUCUGUAGAAGGUCCUGCGAACUUGACAUCUGAUGAAUUGUCCCAGGAUGAUGUGAAGCCUUUCCAAGAUGCUGUGGUUCGUUCUAAAGAAAAUGAAGAUCAUGUCCUCUUGGACAUAGAGCAGAGACAUUCUACCUUUGAUGUUCUUAAGAAGCUAAAAACUCCACCUACUUUCUUUGCUGCAGCCAGACUUUCUGCCAUGUUGAAUGGAAGAGAUGAAGUAUAUGCAAACUGCAUGGUAGUAGACCAAGUUGGGGAUUCAAAGAUGAACUACAUUCAUGGAGAUGGUGUCAGCAGUGAAACAUGUUUGAAUUCCACCAACUCAGCGUCAGUGGCAAAGAGCUCUUCGUCUCCAUCUCUGGAGGAGAAUGACCAAUAUAGAUGUGAUCCCAAUGAAAGAAAUCAAAUGUCAGUAAAAAACAGAGAAAAUGUAGGUUUAAGGCAUACUGUUUUACCUUCUGAUCUGUAUGGACCAGAUUCCUACAUUCCAUUCAAGACCCAUGGAUUUAUUAAGGAGCGAGGUCAACUUUAUGCUGACAUGAAAAAAAGAAGUUCAAGUCUUGAUGACCUUGAAGUAAACAGCGGAAACGAAGGUGUUUUGGACAGACCCCACGUUCCCUCCCCUCCCCUCGGCCCUUCAGAUGUGAAGGCUUGCAGCAGAGAUGGAUUAGACUCUUCUGAGAUGAGCAGUGAUUUUAACAUCAGCCGGGCAGAAUCACUUUCCUUAUCUACCAGUCUGCAGCCCAAGGAAUGCUCACUUUCUGGAAUUCGGUCACGCUCCUAUUCCUGCUCCUCGCCAAAAGGUGUAUUAGAAAGACCUUGCAUUCCUCGGGACUUCACAGUUGGUGAUUCAAAUGAAGAGCGAGCGUACAGCCUGCCCGAGCACUCCCGGGAGAAAAGGAUUCAGGAGGAGGAAUGGGAUAAGUAUAUUGUACCUUCAAAAGCAGAAUCUGAAAAAUGUAAAGUGAGUCGGACUUUCAGCUUUCUGAUGAACAGAAUGACUAGUACGAGGAAUAAGUGCAAGACAAAAAAUAAAGAUACCAAAGAUAAAGAGAAACUGACCAGACAUAAUUUUAUAAAUGGGACUUUCUCAGGAGUUAUGCCAUGUAUGGCCUGUGAAAAGGCUCUCCUAGGAAAGGAAUCCCUUCAGUGUUCUUACUGCAACAUGAUUAUCCAUAAGAGCUGUAAGGAGUGUGCUCCUGUUUGCACCAAGAAAUCCCAGGAGAGGUACCAUAACAAAAGCAAGCCCCAAGCUGGUGUAGCAAAUUCACUGCUUGGAGAUAUUCCACAGCCUGUGCUGUCCUCAGUGCAUCCUUCUUCCUCUGUGCCUAUCGGACUGUCUGCUGGGAGGAGGGAAGCCUUGCAACAGUCCCACUCAUUGUCCAAAAGUGUCCCCAGUGCCAGUUUUGAAAGCUAUAGAAGAUCUAUGCCAUUUCCUGAGCAAGACUGUGAGACUAGUACCUGGAGGUCCAAGUCGCGUUCUGAGGAGAUGUUACAGUCAUUAGGGACCUUUUCUUCAAUGGAUUCAUUUGUGAUGGAAGAUGAUGUGGAUUCAUCUCAGUGGACUGACCUAAGCUCAUAUGCACAAGAGUUUGAAGCAGAGUCCUGGAGUCUUGCUGUGGACCCAACAUUCUGUAGCAAGCAAGAAAAGGAUGUCAUCAAGAGGCAGGAUGUCAUUUUUGAGCUGAUGCAAACAGAAGUGCAUCACAUCCAUACCCUGUUCAUUAUGUCUGAAAUAUUCAGGAAGGGAAUGAAAGAAGAACUACAGCUGGACCACAACACAGUGGAUAGGAUAUUCCCCUGCUUAGAUGAGCUACUGGAGAUCCACAAGCAAUUCUUCUGCAGAAUGAGGGAGAGACGGCAGGAAUCAUGUGAAGGGGGGAGUGACCAUAAUUUUGUAAUCAAUAGGAUUGGAGACAUUCUUGUGCAACAGUUUUCAGAGGAAAAUGCAACCAAAAUGAAGAAAAUAUAUGGGGAAUUUUGCAGCCAUCAGAAAGAAGCUGUUAAUCUCUUCAAAGAGUUGCAGCAAAACAAGAAAUUCCAGAAUUUUAUUAAGCUGAGGAACAGCAACCUGUUGGCACGACGCCGAGGAAUCCCUGAGUGCAUUCUGCUUGUCACUCAGCGAAUCACCAAAUACCCUGUUCUGGUUGAAAGGAUAUUGCUGUACACAAAAGAAGGAACAGAAGAACAUAAAGACCUAUGCAAAGCCCUUCGUUUAAUUAAGGACAUGAUUGCAGCAGUAGAUUUAAAAGUUAAUGAAUAUGAGAAAAAGCAAAAGCUGUUGGAAAUUCUCAGUCGGACUGAAAACAAAACAUACACAAAGCUGAAAAGUGGCCAUGUUUUUAGGAAGCAAGACUUAUUGAGAAAAGAGAGUAUACUUCUUCAUGAAGGUUUAGUGUACUGGAAAACAGCUACUGGUCGUUUCAAAGACACCUUAGCUCUGCUUCUAACUGAUGUGCUGCUGUUCUUACAAGAAAAAGAUCAAAAAUAUAUCUUUGCAGCUGUUGACCAGAAGCCUUCAGUUAUCUCUCUUCAGAAACUCAUAGUAAGAGAAGUAGCCAAUGAAGAAAGGGGGAUGUUUCUGAUCAGCGCUUCAUCUGCAGGACCUGAAAUGUAUGAGAUUCAUACCAACUCCAAAGAGGAACGUAACAGCUGGAUGAGGCAUAUUCAAGAUGCAGUGGAAAGUUGUCCAGAGGAACAAGAGGAAGGAAAAACGAAUGAAUCUGAUGAGGACAGACGUAUUGCUGAGGCCAAAGCAUCCAGAAUUCAGAAAUGUCAAGAAUCACUGAGUAACCAGGACCAGCAAAUCUGCAGCUGUUUGGAAGACAAGUUGCAUAUCUAUGCAGAACUGGUAGAUAUGAAUAGGUUUGAGGAUGUGCAUGUAGAGCCUCACCUCCUUAUCAAACCGGAUUCUGGAGAAACUCCACAGGCUGCUUCAUUGCUGGCAGCAGCACUCAGGGAAGUUGAAAGCCUCUGUGUUGCUGUCACGUCAUCACAAGUGAGUGAAACAGACAGAUCAUCAGAGGAAAGUACUGAAGAAUUAAAUUUGAAGUAUGGACUUAGUGCCAAUGGAAUCUUGGAGUCUUUCCCUGGUGAUGCAGAAAUGAAGGAAGUUGAAGAAUCAUCUGACGUCGAUCUCAGUGAAGGCACAUUUCCUGUUGAUAAGGAAACGUCAGAUGACAAUGUAAAGUAUCAGGAAGGAAGUAUGAGUUUCCCAGGAUCUACAGGGACAGAGAUUGUACAAGCAAUCCAGAAUCUAACUCGUCUCUUGUACAGCAUACAGGCAGCAUUAACUAUCCAGGACAGCCACAAAGAACUCCACAGGUUACUUCUGCAAGAGAAUGAGAAGACAGGUCGGGGACAUGGUUCCUGGCUCACCCUCCUCAUGGAACAAGAGAAAUACCGGAGCUCAGAAAAACAAAGGGAGGAGCUGGCGAACAUAGACAAACUCAAGCAGCAGUUCCAGCAGGAGCAGCAGCGCUGGCUGCGUGAAUGCGAGCAGCGGCAGCGGGAGCAGGAGGCGAGGGAGGGCCGGCUGGGGCAGCGGGAGCGGGCCUGCGGCUGCCAGGAAGAGCUGCUGGAGAGGAGCCGGCAGGGGCUGGCGCUGCAGUUACAGGAGUACCAGCAGAGCCUGGAGAGGCUGUGGGAGGGCCAGAAAAUGGUGGAGAGAGAGAGAGACAAUUUGAAAAUGCAGAAGAGGCUCCUCUGGCGCUGGAAGCAUGGUCGCCAAAGCAGCCUGCUGUCACCCUCAGGGAGCUACGAGAUAAUGGGACAUAAUCAGUCGGACCGCUUACUUCGUGAAAAUUCAUUCUACUUAAAUGAAGCUGUAGUAUGUGUGUCUCUAAGCAGCCUCAACAGAUCAGAUUCUUCUCUUGUUUAUGAAGAUGGUGUAUAUGGGUUGAGCAUCUCAAACUCUGAUAUAGCACGGACUGGUGAAAAUCAGGUGGAUCUCAGAAUGGACACUUCUUGUCAGCCAGUGUUGACCAACGAACUGCGGAAAUCCACUGGCCCUUACCAGCAGAUGCCUUUAUCCUGCAAAAACAACAAGGAUGCCUUUAAUAAUGAUCUAAAUGCCUCACAAACCCAGGGUCCCCAAACAAGCGGUCCGAGCCAUGGAUCCAUCCAGACACCACGGGUUGAAGCACUGCUACUGAACCACCAGCCUGAGAGUCUGCAGGACAUGAAGAGUGGAGACAGAGGAGAAGAGAAUAUUGUUUACCUCUGACGGCUCAUUUUCUAAUCUCCAUAGCACUUUAGAAAUAUAAUUGUGUUUGCUUUUCUAAAUGUCUGUAGUUGCUCUCUGUAUGACCAAGUAGCUUUAAGGAUAGUGUUUAAUACUCAAUGCAAGAUUUUCCCAAUGAUAUAUACAACAAUUAAGUUAUUUUGAAGCCUUUAAAAAAAUUAAUUUAUGAUUCUAUUUCAAGUGUUUUGCAAGAAGUGGGUAGCAGGGGAGACGUAACAUUUUGGAAUUGCAAAGACACCAUCAAGAGCUGUGAAUGCAACUGUUGCUUUUCUCAUGAGUCCUCUUUUUAAAAGAGCAAACUAAGAGAGAUGGGCCUGCUAUUUGUGAUUUCAGGGUAUGAAUCAGCAACCCUCUAACAAUUGUGAUAUUACAUGAGAAGAGAGCAGUGUAAUAAUAAUAGCUAUAAUCUUUCCUGAAAUGUGCUAUGUACAUUAACUAUUGGGUCAUUUUCCUUAUCCCUUGGCUCAGAAGCUGCUCAGAGGAGGGUGAUUUUUGUGGUCUCAAUGUAAUUGCUAGUAAGUGUUUGUUCACGUCCAAGACCUUAUCAGCAUUUUGGUACUGUUGCCAGGUUCUGUGUAGAGAUGCUGUAAAUCAAUUUGCUAUUGUAUUGGAACUGUACCUCAUGUCAGUAAGUGCCCUUAUACAUUAAAAUUUACCAGAUGAAGCCUCAUUGGACAAAGGAAAAGAGAGGGGAAAAACAGUAGGUUUUUAGUUUAACCAGUCCCUUUGGAAACUUUGCUGCUUUUCUACAUGGAGCCAACUAGCUUCCUGCUUUCAUGUUCACAGGAUCAUCAGGCUGUUAGGCAGUAAGAAACUGGGACCUGUUUUGUGCCUUUUUGUCUUUCAGUAAUCUUUGUACACUUUAAUUGAAUCAAUUAAAUGCUCUAUGUCUUUCUGCAAAACUGUUGUGUUGAUGUAUU